CUCUUUAAAACGAAGAAUAAGAAGAAGCAUUCGUUAUUACAUAGCAUGUUUACAUUGAUUCUCCGGUAAAAUGUUUGUAAUAUUAAAAAAUAUUACUAAUUUCGUAAAACCCAAUGUUCAAUUGAAUAAAUAUGGCAUAUAUUAUUGCCUGCAACAACAAAGAAACCUUACUUUGGACAACAAAUACGAAAACAAUGAAGAAAGGGAUCUCUCAAAGCAUUACCGUGGGGAACAAAAGUUAAGCGAACAGAAAUCAUUAAAUAUUGCUGUUAUUGGAGUACCAAAUGCCGGAAAAAGUACAUUCAUCAAUAAUAUAAUAAAUCACCGGGUAUGCCCCACAUCAUCUAAGGUACACACAACACGAAAAUCCAACAAGGCUAUCUAUACAACGGGACAGACACAACUGGUAUUCUACGAUACACCUGGAUUGGUGACACAAAAAGAAAUCAAUAAACAUAAAUUAGAGAAAUCAUUUAAAAGUUCAUAUCGCCAUGCCAUACAACAUGCUGAUAUGAUUGCAGUUCUGCAUGAUGUAUCCAACAGCUGGACUCGCAAGCAAUUACAUUCUACGGUUAUAGACAGCUUGAAAGCUUAUCCCCAACUACCCAGUGUCUUGAUAUUGAACAAAAUAGAUGCUUUAAAAUCCAAACGCAUUACUUUGGAACUGAUACGUAUUCUCACCAAUAAUACCUUGAGCGGCAGAAAACAUAAUAGAAUAGGUAAGAAGUUAACUUUGGAUGAAUCAAAGAAGGAGGAUGAUGAAAGGCCAGAUUUGGAAUUUGGUGAUUUGCUUAAAAACGAGGGAACAUGGAGUAAUUUUAGCGAUGUGUUUUUGGUGUCAUCUAUAACUGGAAGUGGCCUGAAUAAAGUUCAUGACUAUUUUGUACAUGCCGCUAAAUCACGAAAUUGGGAAUUUCCCAGUGACAAAUUUACAGAUGAACCUCCGGAGGAACUAAUUGUGGCAUGUGUAAGGGCCAGACUUCUUGAUUAUUUGCCACAGGAAAUACCCUAUAAUUUGGAAACAUUCAUUGAAUACUACAAUGUCCAUAAUGAUACAAUUUAUGCUUCGGUUGAAGUUGUUUGUCCCACAAAACGUGUCGAACGUCUGAUUUGUGGCGAAUCCAAUGGACGCCUAAAGCAAAUAACAGAACGUGUUACAUCAGAUUUAGUUGAAACCUUUGGUAAACCAAUAUCCUUUACCAUAUCCACAAAGCCGAGAGCGAAAUCUAAAGAAGCUGCUAAUUAAGUAAUUUCUCAUAUGAAUAUAUAAGCUACAAGAAAUUGUUCAUUAAUUUUGUAAAUAAAUUUGCUUAUUACUGUUGAACGAGAAUACAA